GAGCGUACACUCACACUCACAGCCAUCAAUAUCACUUCAUUUUCCGCCUUAUUUAUUUAACUUAACCGCUUUACUCUCUAAGACACACCACCUCCAUUUCUCUCUCUCUCUCUCAAUUUUGUACAGAAAAAAUGAAUCAAGAGAUGAGCGAGGAGAAGAAGAUCGCAUACGUGUUCAAAGUGGUGGUGAUCGGCGAUUCCGCGGUGGGGAAAACGCAGCUACUGUCGAGGUUCGCGAAGAACGAGUUCUGUCUUGACUCCAAGUCCACCAUCGGCGUUGAAUUUCAGACAAGAACAGUCACCAUCAGCUCCAAACUCAUCAAGGCCCAGAUCUGGGAUACCGCCGGCCAGGAGAGGUACAGAGCGGUGACGAGCGCGUAUUACAGGGGAGCACUGGGGGCAAUGCUGGUGUACGACGUGACGAAGCGACAGAGCUUCGACCACGUGGCGAGAUGGGUGGAUGAGCUCAGGGCUCACGCCGAUGCCUCCAUUGUCAUCAUGCUGAUCGGUAACAAGGCUGAUCUCCUCCACUCCAGAGAGGUUCCCACUGAGGAUGCUGUGGAAUUCGCGGAAACACAAAACCUGUUCUUCUUCGAAACCUCGGCGCUCACCGGAGACAAUGUGGAGCCGGCCUUCCUCAAGCUGCUCCACCAAAUCCAUGAUGCCGUCUCCAAGAAGGCCUUGGAUACCACCAAUUUGGUCAAGCCCAAUGAGGGGCUCUUGUCGGGCUUCAACAUCGAAUCUGAAGUUAGUCAGCUCAACAACCCGGCCACCUGUUCUUGCUGACCUGACCUGACCUUAGAUUAACAAUUUCUUCAUCGAUGCUUCCUUCUUGUGUAUGUAUGUGUGAAUGAGGCUAAAUCCAUCGCUGUCCGAUUAAAAUUGUCAUCUUAAUGGCAUCAUGUGGUUGUUGAACUUGAGCACCACUAAAAUCAAAUUUUGGGUUUAGUUUGACAAAAUCAUGGAGUUGAACAGCCA